AUGUCGUCGUUCCUAUCCUAUGGCAAGGUUGAUGCAGCGGACCAGGCCCGCCGGAACACGAGGAGGCGAAUUACCAUCAUUAGUCUGUCUUCCAUCCUUCUCAUUGGUAUUGUUGUUGCCGCCGUCGUGGGCACUCAUGCUAGUGAAAACUCUGAAGAGGGUUCCAGGAAUGAUGAUGGGGCAAUUUCAGCUGCCAUUAAAGCUGCCUGUGAUGUAACAUUGUAUAAAGAUUCUUGUUACAAUAGUCUUGGUAAUGCCACGAAGGGAUUAUCGACAAUGGCGCCUGAAGAUGUGUUUAAAUUGUCGAUGGAAGUCGCCUGGAAUGAACUUUUGAAAGUUUCCCAAUAUUUCUCCGAAAAUGGUACUGAUUAUAGUGGUGUUACUACUAGCAAAUUUUCGGUUGAAGCUUGGAACAAUUGCAAAGAACUUCUGGGGCUGGCUUUGGAUCAUGUUAAUGAUUCGAUAUAUGCGAUCAAUUCAGUGGAUGAUCUCAAAACAUGGUUGAGUUCAGCAGGAACUUAUCAACAAACUUGCAUUGACGGCUUUCAAGAAGAAUCGGUAGGAAAACAGAUUGUAAAUUACCAUCUGAAGAACUCCAUCGAACUGACCAGCAAUAGCCUGGCGAUUAUAUCCUGGAUUUCGAGGAUUACGAAGUCUAUGCAAAUGAGGCGAUUAAUGAGUCGCCCGGAAGGUGAUAACAAGCCGAGUUGGUUGAAUUCAAGAGAUCACAGGAUGUUAAUUGAAAGUUCGGAUAGCUUGAAGAAGAAGGCAAAUGCCGUUGUGGCAAACGAUGGGACGGGAAAAUACAAGACAAUCAGUGCGGCCCUGAAGGCGGUUCCUGAUAAAAGCAAGAAGAGGUUCAUAAUCUAUGUGAAGAGAGGAGUUUACACUCAGAAUGUGAGGGUUGAAAAGACAAAACAAAAUGUUAUGAUAAUUGGAGAUGGAAUGAAUCAAACAGUUGUCUCUGGAAGUCUCAAUUUUGUCGAUGGAACUCCCACAUUUUCAACUGCAACAUUUGCUGUACUCGGUAAAGGUUUCAUUGCACGAGAUAUGGGGUUCCGGAACACUGCCGGUCCACAGAAGCACCAGGCGGUGGCGCUGAUGGCAUCGGCUGAUCAAGGGGUAUUCUACCGCUGUCAAAUUGACGCCUUCCAGGAUUCCCUCUAUGCACAUUCAAACCGCCAAUUCUACAGAGAAUGCGACGUAUGUGGCACGGUUGAUUUCAUUUUCGGAAACUCGGCAGUGGUCUUCCAGAACUGCAACAUUCUACCGAAAAAACCAAUGGAGGGACAACAGAAUACCAUCACAGCUCAGGGCAAAGUUGAUCCAAAUCAGAAUACGGGAAUUUCUAUUCAGAAUUGCACCAUUUUGCCGUAUGGAAACCUGACAGGAGUGAACACAUUCCUGGGAAGGCCCUGGAAAAAUUAUUCUACCACAGUUUAUAUGCAUUCCAUGAUAGGAAAUCUGAUUAAUCCGCAAGGGUGGUUGCCCUGGACUGGAGAUUCAGCUCCGGAUACAAUAUUUUACGCAGAGUAUAAAAAUUAUGGCCCUGGAGCUUCAACCGAAAAUAGAGUUAAGUGGAAGGGAUUGAGAAAAAUUAGUACAAACCAAGCUGAAAAGUUUACAGUGAAGGAGUUUUUGCGAGGGAAGAAGUGGAUUUCGGAUGCUAGAGUUAGCUAUAAACCGGGACUUUGA